CGUGCAUAUGUGCAUCGUGCGUGCGUCUAAUAUUUUGCUUUUUGGUCGAAAUCUUGGAUCAUCCUUGGUUCGUCAUGUCCAAAUUGCUAGAGAAGUGGGCCAAUUUUGGCUAUCAGAAAAGUGAGAUUCGAACUACAAUCGUUUUCGGCUCAAACGGAGGAAACGUAAUUAUUGUGCUCAAAAAUGAUGAAGUGCUCGCUUUUGGAAAAAACCAAAAUGGUUGCCUUGGGGCUGGCGUCGAAGGUGAAGUCAAAAAACUCAAUCGCAUUGAGAAUUUGUGUGGGCAAAAAAUCGAAGGGAUUGAAUAUGGUGUCAUCUGUAAUGGCGGUAGCUACUGCACUUUUGCUAUUUCUGGAUCUGGUUCCGUAUUCUCUUGGGGAGAAAAUGAUUUUGGACAGCUUGGAUUAGGAACCAAAGAGUACACCUAAGUGCCCACCAAAAUUGCAGGUUCUUUAGAGCAGAAAAGGGUUGUCCAAGUGGCCUGUGGCGGUAAACAUACACUAGCUUUGACUUCAGAGGGAGAAGUGAAAUUAAAAUUAUUUUGUAGAUAAUCCAAUUUAUUCUGUUUCCAUAAAUCAGGUUUACGCUUUCGGUCAAAACAAUUAUGGUCAAUUAGGUUUGGGAACCACAAACGUUCACUGGCUUCCACAGAGGGUUGGCGGACUGCUGGAUGGGAAAAUUAUAGCCUCAGUCGCAUGCCAAAAAUUAUCUUCAUUUGCACUCUUACAAUCAGGAAAGGUUUGCACUUGGGGUGACAACCGAGAUGGCAGGUUAGGCUCAUCUUCAACUUCAGAGGAUGAACGUAGUCCCUGCAAGGUGCUCGGCCUGAAAGGAGUCGUGAUUUUCCAAAUCGUUUGUGGACCAUAUAUCACUCUAGCUUUAUCUAACGAUGGUAAAAUCUACUCAUGGGGACUUAUCUUCAAACUCCAGCAGGAAAAGGAAACUUAUCGGCUCAAGAGACUAUCCAUUAUUUCAACAGCAGCGAUGGGAAGGGUUAAAGACAUUGCUGCCACUCAAUACGAAAGCCACCCAUGCGCUGCUAUCACUGAAGAAAACAAGGUUUACAUUUGGGGCAGGUGUAAUGGCCAAAUUGUUCUGAAACCAACCCUCACUUCCUUCUUGACAUUUGACGAUGUGUUUGCUGUUGCCACUCCUCCAAUGACCUACCAGCGAUUUCCAUUGCAAAAUACUAAGGAUGAGAUUAAGAGGAAAGGCCCAAUCAUGAAGCGUUUUCCAGAAGUGUUUGACAAACCUGAAACUGCUGACUUUGCAUUCAUUGUCGGGGGCAAGAAAAUCCACGCGCACAAGAUUAUUUUGGUCUUGGGCAGCGACGUGUUCAAGAAUUUGUUCCUAGGUGAUUGGAAGGACAGUUGCCAAAAGGAGCAGAUCAUCGAGGAUCACAGCUACGGUGCAUUUUACGUGUUCCUCAAGUAUUUCUACACGGAUGAAGUCAAUUUUACUUCUGAACUUGCACUUGAAGUUUACGCCCUAGCCCGCUUUUAUCUGGUGACGGAUCUGAUGAACGAGUGCGAAAAGAUUCUCAAAUCAGGCCUGACAAUGCAAAACGCUGCUGCUGUGUACGAGAAAGCAACUUUGCUGGGAGCUAAGGACCUUUGUGAGUUUUGCAUUAAAUUUUGCAAGAAGCGUUGGGUUGAUGUCGUAGACAAUUUGGAGUCUGAUGACUGCAAGACGGAAGUCGUCAUGGAAGUGUUUCGUUGGUUGGCUGCAGGAAAGAAAAACUAAUGGAAUAGUUUUUCUUAGAUUUAUUGCGCACAUGCGUAGAUAGGCUAUUAUGCUGUAAUGUUUUUUAAA